GUAGAUAGAGGAGAGGGAGAGGAGGAGGGGCAGGGGGAGGUGGGACAGGGGAAGUGAGGGAGAAGGAGGCUGAGGGUGAGGUAGAGCUGUAUUUUUGGAUGAAGGACUCCCGAAAUAAGCGAGCUGGAAUAAAGAUGUAGUGUGAGUGGGAAGCAGAACAAGUAGUGUGCUGUGCUGCAGAGUGUGGUGGAGUGGGGCAGACCGGGAGCAGGGGGUGGACUGACGGACACACAGGCGGCCUGACGGAGCUGCAGGGGUGACUCCAGUGGGGGAGACAGAGCCUGAGCGGUCCACUGGAUCAGGAAGAUGCCCUCUCGCUGUAGGACUGUGCUGCAUAUCGUGACGACCACCCUCUUUGCCGCUGUGGUCCUUUUUGGGAUCCUGCUGGCUUACGUGACUGGCUACCAGUUCAUCCACACAGAGCAGCACCACCUGUCUUUCGGCCUGUACGGAGCCAUCCUAUCUCUGCACCUCUUCCUCCAGAGCCUGUUUGCCUUCCUGGAGCACAGACACAUGCGCAGCCCCGCCCAGCCCCAGCACCCGCGCUCUGUGGCCCUGUGCAUCGCUGCCUACCAGGAGGACCCAGACUACCUGAGGAAAUGCCUCCGCAGCGUGCGCCGCAUCUCUUUCCCCGGCCUGAAGGUGGUGCUGGUGGUGGACGGGAACAGGCCGGAGGACGGCUACAUGAUGGACAUCUUCCAGGAGGUGAUGGGUGGAGCGGAACAGGCCGGCAGUGUGGUGUGGAAGGGGAACUACCACAGUGACGGGGGCGGGGGUGGAGGGGUGGGCGGAGGGGGGGCCAGAGCAGCGUCCCUGCAUGCGGAGGAGGCUGCACGUGUGGCCAGGCUGGUGAGGAACUGUCGCUACUCCUGUAUCAUGCAGGAGUGGGGAGGGAAGAGAGAGGUGAUGUACACAGCUUUCAAAGCCCUGGGAGACUCUGUGGACUAUAUGCAGGUGUGUGACUCAGACACAGUUCUGGACCCAGCGUGCACCAUAGAGAUGCUGAAGAUUCUAGAAGAGGAUGCAAAGGUGGGGGGAGUAGGUGGAGAUGUUCAGAUCCUGAAUAAGUAUGACUCGUGGCUCUCCUUCCUGAGCAGUGUGCGUUACUGGAUGGCCUUCAACGUGGAGCGGGCCUGCCAGUCCUACUUUGGCUGUGUGCAGUGUAUUAGUGGUCCCCUGGGCAUGUACCGUAACUCCCUGCUGCAGCAGUUCCUGGAGCCCUGGUAUCACCAGACCUUCCUAGGCAGCAAGUGCAGUUUCGGUGACGACCGCCACCUCACCAACCGCGUGCUCAGCUUCGGCUACAAGACCAAGUUCACCGCUCGCUCCCAGUGCCAGACUGAAACGCCAACGCGCUACCUCCGCUGGCUCAACCAACAGACCCGCUGGAGCAAGUCCUACUUCAGGGAGUGGCUGUACAACGCUCUCUGGUUCCACAAGCACAGCCUCUGGAUGACCUACGAGUCUGUGGUGACAGGCUUCUUCCCCUUCUUCCUUGUUGCCACAGUGAUCCACCUGUUCUACCGCGGGCGCCUGUGGAACAUCCUUCUCUUCCUGUUGACAGUGCAGCUGGUUGGCAUGGUGAAGGCUACCUACGCCUGCUUCCUGAGGGGCAGUCUGGUCAUGAUCUUCAUGUCUCUCUACUCCCUCCUCUACAUGUCCAGCCUGCUGCCAGCCAAAAUCUUUGCCCUGCUCACUAUCAACAAGGCUGGCUGGGGCACAUCAGGACGGAGGAAGAUUGUGGUGAACUUCAUUGGGGCAGUGCCUGUCACAGUGUGGGGGGCUGUGCUGCUGGGUGGGGUGGCAUACACCAUCUACUGUGAGACCCAGGAGCCCUUCAGUGAGACAGAGAAAGCCCUGCUCAUCGCUGGGGCCAUCCUGUACGCCUGCUACUGGGUCAUCCUGCUGGUUCUUUACCUGGCUAUAGUAGCCAAACGCUGCAACAAGAGGGAGGAGCAAUACCACCUGCCGUAUGCAGAGGCAUAAGACAUGAAUCAAUUAUCAGUGUUUCAAUGGUGCUGCUGGAACAGCUGAGCCAGUCUUUGGCCCCACACCUCUCAUGCCAUUCUGUUUCCAUGGUGCUAAACCUCUGGUUCUAAGGGACAUAUGUGGUAUGAAUGUGUUGUAGAGUGCUCUACCAGUGGUCAUGAGUUACAAGGGCAUGGUGCUUUCCAUAGAUAUAAAGCACAUUAUCAUACAACCCGUUUACAAGAGAUUGUAAGAGCUAUGACACAGGCCUGGGGGUUUGGGCUUAUCAAAACAAGUAUAUGUGUCAGUAUGAAGCAGUGUUGAUAUGUCUCCAGCCUGAGUUAAAUGACUGAACAUAGAGACAGUAAGACACAUGUACAGAGGGCCCUCUUUGCCUCAAUCAGGUGACACAAUGAUCUACAGUUGUAUUUCUUUAAUACAGUAAUUUAAAGACAAUCCAACAUUUAUACAUAACUCAUAAAUACAUUUUUGGUGCUGUUGAACAGUUCCCAAGAUAAAAGUUUAGCUCAUAUGGUAAUAGUCCAAUCUUCCAAUGCCUGCAAGGAUAUUUAAAUCCAAUUAAAUGAGUCAGAUAAUUUUGUGUGGGCAUUUUAUUGUAUGAGUGCCACAUUGUAUACACAUUACAUAGAGUAUCAAUGCUCAUUACAGGAUAUAAUUUACCAACUGAGGAUAAUCCAUCAUUCAUUCCAUCAUGUAAACUGCUAUGACCAAAGACCACUUGUUUUUUGACCGCAUGCCUGACCAUUAGUAUAACGCAAGUACUAACUCCACAUUGCUGUUAUUAGUUGUUAAAUCCAGAAUAAGAAAAUAGAAAACCAUGAUCCCCUUUUAACAAGGCCAUUGGUAUUAGUGUAGGUGCCAUGUCUAAGUUGACAUGUUUUUGUUGUUGGAGAAUGGAGAUACUGUCGUGGAAGUUUCCACUCUUGUGCUUUUUAAGUUGUGUCAAUAUUAUUUUAUUCAGUGAGAAUUGCAUGACUUGAAAGUGCAAACAAGACACAAGAAACAAGGCUUGUUUACAGGGUUGCUCAGCCUCUGGCGCAGUAGGUCAAUUUGACGGUACAGUAUAUUUCCAUGACCACACAGAGGAGAUCAAAGGUGAUAUGACUUUCUUUCCCUUUUCAGUCUGAGUAGAUAUUAAAGGACAAACUUGGUAGGUCGGCCAUCCAUAUGCAUUUGCAGUGUUGUCUUGGCUGUAAAUCAGAGUUUGCUGUUGUUGGGGCUCAAAACUGCAACCUCAACAUUAGCCACAGGAAUAAUGUUUCCCUCUACUUUCAAGGGUGUAUGUAAUGUGACUGUGUAAUAAGACUCACAGUGGUAUAGAUAUUGGGAUUACAUGAAGAAAUUAGAGGCAUAAAUAAAAUAGAGAGAGGACUGCGAUUGAUGUUGUAUGGUGUGUAGAUAUCAUAUACAAUAUUUGUUAUAGUAGCGUAUCUAUCAGGCUGAACAUCUGCUCAGUCUAUAAUAUUGUCUUUCAUGCCGUUUUUGAUUUCCUUGAUACUUCCUGCCUCUGAUGUACACUCAGACCCUUGAGCUGUGACAGUUUCCGACCACUCACGUUUGACAAUAAAUCAAUGGGUCUCAUAACGCUGAGUGACAGUAAUGUCCACCCAUAUUUUAUAGGCAUAUCUUACAUGGAAAAACACUCUUAUAAUAGAACUUGUUUGAAUAUAAUUAUAGAACUAUUCAAUAAGUCUUAACGUGACUUAAAAUCGAUACCAGAAUGUUCUAGGCAUUCUCUCAAUGCCACAGAACGACUGUUGAGCCUAACCAAAAAGCCAUGGCAGCUCAGCUCAUACAUCAUUCAAUGUUUACAAAAGGCAAUGUUUCAAAGAAUAUUGCAAAGUAAUAUAUUUUCUGUAUUGAACAUUUACAAAGAUAUUUUGAAGAUGCAUUAAGAAUGAUGGGGUGAAGAACAGGCUUAUAUUUAAAAGGAAUUAUGGAGUUCUGACAUUUCAUGAAACAGCUGUUUACAUCAUGUUUAUAGUAUGAUGUAGCUAGCACAUCAUGGUCAGUGAAUUCAGUGUGGUUUGGUCUCUAGAGCUCAACAUUGCUACACUGGUAUUUGUGAAGUUACAUGGAUGAGAGAUAAGACUUAUUUUAUAUGACGAUUUAGGGAUGAUAUGUAGAUUUAGAACAGGUAGGUAUAACUGUCAUGUAGAAGUAAUUAACCAACAGAUAACAUUUCUAACAGUAGCAUGGUAAAAAAAUAUAUUUAAAAAACCUCUCAGAAUCAAGCAACAGCAUAUGGCUAUUGAUACACAACAUAACACAUAUAGUUUUAUUGGUAUAGAAUAGCUGAAAAUAAAGUAUUGUAACCACCCAUGUAUUUCAUUAUGACCAUAUUUAAAUACAGUAUAAAAUACAUGUUUUUGGAAAAAGGUUUUGUAUUUAAAUUUCAAUCAGAACAUUUAUUUUUUACACUUGUACAGCGGUUGAAAAACUGUAUGUUUUUGUAUCUGAAUAAAAACAUGCUCCUUCCACUGUUAUACUGAUUUCUUUCCCAUCUGAAAAUAAACACAGUACAAAUGGCAUAUCAACACAUUAAAUCAUGUCACAAAAAUGCAAAAAUGAUUGAAAUAUCUUGAUUUUACUAAUACACCACCGCAUACAGCAAAUUCGAGGAGCAUAACCACUUACAUAUCUAAACAAAUAUGUACACAGUCUAGUUCCAGUGGUCGAUAACCUCAAGCCAGAGGAGUGUGUCCCGAAUACAGUCUUGCACUGUGUGCUCCAUACUUGUGGAUUUGAUGUCAUUAAGAGAACGGCAUGUACUUUCCUCCCACAGAGGUGACCAGGGUCAUUAGGCACAAAACGGAACACUGAAACAAAGAGGGACAAUCUGAACUUGUCAUA